CCCACAUGACAUCAGCCAUCAAAUUCCAGUGAGCCGUCAACGCUGCGUUCGUACCUAUUUUUAUUUCGUAUUAUUUCUUUUUAACCAAAAAUGUCUUCGGUCCCCGACGACAUGUCUGGGGGGGACAAUUUGGGGGACAUAAAUGUGACUUUGAUGACAUUACGGAAGCCUACAGAGCUGAAGAAGAUCAUAGAUUCAGUGCCGAAGCCGUUAAGGUCUGUGCCGAAGAAUGGAUUGCCGCUGUGGUAUAGGCUUGGGCUGGAAUGCAAGCUCCCGGUACCGAAGAUGCCUGCUGGGAAGAUCACGUUUUCGAGGGGGAGAAUUGGCGAGGAUGUCCGUCGCGUAGGCCUCGGCAACAGCAACUUCAAGCAGACCUUCGACCUAACCGACCCCUACUGCAACAACGUCUCCUACGACUACGUGCCCAUGCACGACCCCCACCUCGCCUACUACUUCGCGCAGAAAGCCGCCAGGAACAGGAUGAAGCAGCUCGGCUUCUGCACGGUGGAUAAUAGGGCGGUCUGCUCAUUGAAGGACUUCAACCAGUAUAGGAAGUAUCUGUAUAAUGAGUUCAUGGAUCAGAUACAUCAAGUAAUGAAGGUUAUCGACGAGCGGGCCCGGGAUGAUCUGACCAUGAAACGCGUGGAGAAGGACGUUGCCCGCCGGCAGGAGAUCUUCACCAAAUCUGAACGCGCCAGACAACAUCUGGAGAAGGUGGCUACGGCGAAUGCUGCUGAAUGGGCGGAGAAGAAGCGGCUAGCAAAGGAACAAGAACUAAAGAUCCAAAUGCGCAUGAACUACCUGCAAGAAUACAACGAGCGCAUGCGGCAAGAGCGAGCGAAGCGCGUGCACGAAAAGGAGAACCGUAUCAAGCAGCGGGUAGAGGCAGCGGCUGAACUGGAACUGAAGAGGAAGAUCACCAUGGUGCGGCAGUGGAGGACCAACGAGAAAAAUCGCCUGCGGCGCCAGAGACAGGAGCGGGAGGCGAGGAUCAAGUUUGUGGAGAGCGAGGCCAACAGAAAGUGGAACGCGCGCGUGCAAUCCCAGAACGCUAAGAUACAAGAAGAGGCACUGCUUCUCAAGAUAUACACGGAGGACAUGAAUGCUGGCACGCAGAGGAGGCUUAAGAAGUCAGAGAAGCACGCUUACAACACUGAUCUGCAGCUGCAGUGCAUUAGACUGAACAACCUGAAGGAAUCGCACGGCAAAAGUGCUAAAGCGGACAAGCUUGUCAGGAAGAUGGGCACCGAAUUUGAGAAGUCUAAACGCGGCACCAAAGGCAUGAGCCCCGAAUACGCUCAAGAAGCGGCCAUAGAAGCCAUGGCCACGGCCAUGUCUACAUCUGGUGACAAUCUGAUGAACCUCGGACAGGCGCGAAUUCGUAUGGACAUGGGGGUGGUGCUACCAUCAGCGCCAGUCAAGGUUUUGGAGGAGAUUCUGAAGACGGUGGUGAUGGAGUUCGCCCGCCGCCACACGCACGCGGUCAUGCGUGACGUGGAACGCACGGUGCGCGAGCAUGCCGCCAUCUCGUUCUUCAGAGAUUACCGCCCACCACCGAAGAAACGCGGUUCCAAGGAGCCACGCUGGCGCGCUCUGACCGAGGAGCUGGCCAAACACCAAAAGAGCCAGAGUGAAGCAUCCAUACAGUUCGGGAAGGUCACGGUCAUCCCGCCGGAUGGCACGACCGAGCAGGACUUGAAGAGUGCGCGCCACAGAACUCCUACACCAAUGCCGUCCAUGACGAAGUUAGCCGAGCUGACGUUUACUGACAAAUUGGAAGAUCUCACGGAGCCCGUGGCCAUCCCACAGUAUCUGCCUGAGCGGCUCAAGUUGUUGGAGAACGUAAACGCAGCAGCGAAGCUCCUGACCCGCUCGGUGGGACAGAUCGUGGACAAACGCAUGGACCUAGUCACUGGCAAAGUCACUCUUCUCUUCAUGAGGCAUCCCAUGGAAUGGGGCGAAGCGGUCGAAAGCCUAACCUGCGCCGUGGUAAACAACGGCAUAUACCUGUCUAACCCUGACGUGCGGCAUUGCAGCGAGUUCCUCGCCCAGCGAGUACUCAGCUCGCUGCAGAAGGAGAUGAAAGAAGAGAAGAAGAGACUGGUGAGUUACUUGUUUCUUUACAACGGCAUAUACCUGUCUAACCCUGACGUGCGGCAUUGCAGCGAGUUCCUCGCCCAGCGAGUACUCAGCUCGCUGCAGAAGGAGAUGAAAGAAAAGAAGAAGAGGCUGGUGAGUUACUUGUUUCUUUACAACGGCAUAUACCUGUCUAACCCUGACGUGCGGCAUUGCAGCGAGUUCCUCGCCCAGCGAGUACUCAGCUCGCUGCAGAAGGAGAUGAAAGAAGAGAAGAAGAGACUGAAAGCGGCAUUAGAAGGCGGUGACAUUGAAACCCAGGACCAGAAGGACUUUUACGUACCCGAUCAAGUGAAGGAACAGGAACCCAAUUAAGGACCUGUCACACUGCCUUUGAGCCAAUUGACAGGGUGUCCGCAGAUCAAUAGUACUUAUCUUUUAAUUUGUUUAGCUCAGUCCUUCUAUAGUGGUGAAUUUUACAAAUUCUAGUACCUAUGUAGAAAUGCAGAAUUAUGUUUUUUAAUCAAAUGUGAUUGUGGUUUUGGAGUGUUUUUAAAUUCUUUAUAUGAGUA